CACUCUGAGCCUCUACGGAACGUCUCCCACCUCAGCACAGGAAGGUAAGACACAACUCCUCUCUCAUUCUGAUAUUGAGGAGACAAUACUUAGAACUUUUCUGUAUUCUUUGAAUUUGAGGUUCAGGUAUAAUUGCAGAACAUUAUUAAUUGUAUUAUCAUAAUUAUCUGUCUAUUUCAGUAUGUAGAAUAUCGGCCAGUAUUGAGUAAUUUACUAUUUAUUUUAGUUUUGAGAUAUUUUGAAAACAUCUUAGAUACUAUUUACGUAAGGGCAAAAUUAAACUGUAAAUCAGAAGCAUAUCUAAAAAAUCCCAUUUAAUGGAUAGGCCUCUAAGAAAAAUCUGGAAUUAAAUUAUAGGUUUUCCGUCUUUUCUUUUUACUAUUAAUUUGUUUGGGAAAUUAAUUUUGGAAUUUCAGGUUUCCAACUGAUUUGAGUUUUCCAAUUUCUCUUUUGUUCUAAUGAAUUGUAUUUUCUUUGUGGGAUUUGACUGUGGCAAUAAAGAUUUGACUCAGACAAUAAAUCCCAACAGAAUUAAAGAAGUUGUACAGGUUUUUAAUGUUUUAUAGUUAUUCCCAUAACCUCUAACUAUUCCACAUCGGUUUCAUAUUACUAAUCAUUCACACUGGGUUCCUAUCUAAACUGGACACUGCGACAUUCCUUAUGGAAUUGGAAAUUCUAAUAAAGAACCUCUAAAUUCCAACCUCCUGGUCCCUUUAAGGAGAAGGCAGCCAGACAGGUCUAUUUGUGGAGCGUUAUCCAGUGGAAAUGAGCAGGAGAAAGCUGGGAUCGUUAUCUGUCUGGAAUAGUUACCAUGCCAGGGCCGAUGCACGCCUCUCCCCCUGUCUGCCAUCACUUUAUUAUCUGGGGGAGAGCCAUUGUCAGCAGAAGGGGGAUGGGCCACGGUCUCCAGGCUCCAGACCCCAGGCUCCAUAACACAGGCUACAGACCACAGACUCCAGACCCCAGGCCAGAGAGUCAGAUGUAGUAGUAGGGUCUGGUUAAGUAGACCACUUGGAGCCCUGAAUGACCACUUUUAACCUGCUGAUAAUGUACUGUAGUAGGUGUUGAAUAACAACCAUGAUAAUGUACUGUAGUAGGUGGAGAAUAACAACCAUGAUAAUGUACUGUAGUAGGUGGAGAAUAACAACCAUGAUAAUGUACUGUAGUAGGUGGAGAAUAACAACCAUGAUAAUGUACUGUAGUAGGUGGAAAAUAACAACCAUGAUAAUGUACUGUAGUAGGUGGAGAAUAACAGCCGUGAUAAUGUACUGUAGUAGAUGGAGAAUAACAACCAUAAUAAUGUACUGUGGUAGGUGGAAAAUAACAACCAUAAUAAUGUACUGUAUUAGGUGGAGAAUAACAACCAUGAUAAUGUACUGUAGUAGGUGGAGAAUAAGAACCAUAAUAAUGUACUGUAUUAGGUGGAGAAUAACAACCAUGAUAAUGUACUAUAGUAGGUGGAGAAUAGAAUAACAACCAUGAUAAUAUACUGUAGUAGGUGGAGAAUAACAACCAUGAUAAUGUACUGUAGUAGGUGGAGAAUAACAACCUUGAUAUUGUACUGUAGUAGGUGGAGGAUAACAACCAUGAUAAUGUACUGUAGUAGGUGGAGAAUAACAACUGUGAUAAUGUACUGUGUAGGUGGAGAAUAACAACUGUGAUAUUGUACUGUAGUAGGUGGAGAAUAACAACUGUGAUAAUGUACUGUAGUAGGUGGAGAAUAACAACCGUGAUAAUGUACUGUAGUAGGUGGAGAAUAACAACCUUGCUAAUGUACUGUAGUAGGUGGAGAAUAACAUCCGUGAUAAUGUACUGUAGUAGGUGGAGAAUAACAACCAUGAUAAUGUACUGUAGUAGGUGGAGAAUAACAUCCGUGAUAAUGUCCUGUAGUAUGUGGAGAAUAACAACUGUGAUAAUGUACUGUAGUAGGUGGAGAAUAACAACCAUGAUAAUGUCUGUAGUAGGUGGAGAAUAACAACCUUGAUAAUGUACUGUAGUAGGUGGAGAAUAACAACCAUAAUAAUGUACUGUAGUAGGUGGAGAAUAACAACCUUGAUAAUGUACUGUAGUAGGUGGAGAAUAACAACCAUGAUAAUGUACUGUAGUAGGUGGAGAAUAACAACCAUAAUAAUGUACUGUAGUAGGUGGAGAAUAACAACCUUGAUAAUGUCUGUAGUAGGUGGAGAAUAACAACCUUGAUAAUGUACUGUAGUAGGUGGAGAAUAACAACCAUGCUAAUGUACUGUAGUAGGUGGAGAAUAACAUCCGUGAUAAUGUCCUGUAGUAUGUGGAGAAUAACAACUGUGAUAAUGUACUGUAGUAGGUGGAGAAUAACAACCAUGAUAAUGUCUGUAGUAGGUGGAGAAUAACAACCUUGAUAAUGUACUGUAGUAGGUGGAGAAUAACAACCAUAAUAAUGUACUGUAGUAGGUGGAGAAUAACAACCAUGAUAAUGUACUGCAGUAGGUGGAGAAUAACAACUGUGAUAAUGUACUGUAGUGGCUAGAUUGUAAACAACUAAAUUAUGUACGAAUGGGUCACUGUAGUUCAUUUAACCAAAGGAAUUAAUAACCAGAAAUCUGUUAAACUUUUGUUGUUUUUCAGUCAUAUUACAUGGGUAUGAUAGAUAAUUUUCAUAAAGUUGACAAUAUACUGUAGAAUCAUCCAAUUGCUUUGUAUAUCAAAGCUAUGAUGAUGUAUCAAGGGAAUUGAAAUGGGAGGCCUAAUUACUGUAGACUAAUGGUGUCUGUCAUCAAGCACUUCAGAAACAAGAGGUUUUCUUUUUGUCUUCUAGGGAAAUCUACAUUGCCGAGAUGCCGGAUCAAGUGUAAGUAUAUCAUGUUUCUGUUUUCUUUUCCAGCAGACCCCUUUAAGAGAAGGGUCAGGCAGCACAUGGCAGUUAUCUUUAGAAACACUAGCAAUGACUGCCUGAUAAAUUCUGUCUGCCACUUUGGGAAGUAUUUCAGAUACUUUAUCUCUUAUGCUAAAUGACGUUUACACUAAAAUGUGUGUUUUUUCUUUACAGACAAGAGGUAAGAUCUCUAAUUGCAUUACAUAAAUGCUGAUAAACUCUGAUUAAUUGAGACAUUAUUAUACUGUCAAUCACAAUUUGACUAUAACUAAAUUAAUCAAAUUGAUUUAAUAUUUUUGAAGCAAAAGUUGAAGAUCUCUGCCUCCCGUAAGAUCAUGCUUAAGGUGAGUCUAUAGCCACACGAUGAUUACAGCAAUAACACUUGACUGUUUGACAACUACCUCAGUCAUAUGAGGCAAUACAUUUUCAAAACUGAAAUGUGUUUUCAGAGCUUAAUGGUGGCCAAGGCGAAGGAAGAGAUCGAGCAGGAGACUGUGGAUAAAGAGGAGGAGAAGGAGAGGUAUCUGGCAGAGAGAGCUCCUCCUUUACAGACAGGUGGCUUGUCCUUUGCUGAGCUCCAGGUACACCCAUCCAUACAUGCAUUCAGUAAACCUGUUGACUGUUUAUUGUCCUGGGUGCUGGGUACCUCAUUGCUAAUUCUAAUUUCCCCAACAGGAGUUAUGUCAGGAGUUACAUGCCAAGGUUGAUGUGGUGGAUGAGGAGCGAUAUGACAUUGAAGCCAAAGUCAUGCACAACACCAGAGAGGUAAGGUAGCCUACAUGGUGCUGCUUGAAACAUUAAGUACAAGACCAAAAGUAUGUGGACAACUGCUCGUCGAACAUCUCAUUCCAAAAUCAUGGGCAUUAAUAUGGAAUUGGUCCGCCCUUUGCUGCUAUAACAGCCUCCACUUCUGGGAAGACUUUCUACUAGAUUUGGAACAUUACUGCUGAGACUUGCUUCCAUUUCGCCACAAGAGCAUUAGUGAGGUCGGGCACUGAUGUUGGGCGUUUAGGCCUGGCUCGCAGUCGGCGUUCCAACUCAUCCCAAAGGUGUUCGAUGGGGUUGAGGUCAGGGCUCAGGACAGUCAAGUUCUUCCACAUCGAUCUUGACAAACCAUUUCUGUAUGGACCUCAUUUUGUGCACGAGGGCAUUGUCAUGCUGAAACAGGAAAGGGCCUUCCACAAACUGUUGGCACAAAGUUGGACGCACAGAAUCACCUUAAAUGUAAUUGUAUGCGGUAGCGUUAAGAUUUCCCUUCACUGGAACUAAGGGGCCUAGGCUGAACCAUGAAAAACAGCCCCAGAACAUUAUACCUCCUCCACCAAACUUUACAGUUGGCACUGUGCAUUCGGGCAGGUAGCGUUCUCCUGGCAUCCGCCAAACCCAGAUUAGUCCGUCGGACUGCUAGAUGGUGAAGCGUGAUUCAUCACUCCAGAGAGACACAUUUCCACUGCUCCAGAGUCCAAUGGCGGCUAGCUUGACACCACUCCAGCCGACGCUUGGCAUUGCCCAUGGUGAUCUUAGGUUGAUCUUAGCCGCUGCUCGGCCAUGGAAACCCAUUACAUGAAGCUCCCGACAAACAGUUAUUGUGCUGAUGUUGCUUCCAGAGGCAGUUUGGAACUCGGUAGUGAGAGGCAGUCCCUAACACUUUGCGGCUGAGCCACUGUUGCUCCUAGACGUUUCGACUUCACAAUAACAGCACUUACAGUUGACCGGGGCAGCUCUAGCAGGUAAGAAAUUUGACAAACUGACUUGUUGGAAAGGUGGCAUCCUAUGACGGGGCCACGUUGAAAGUCACUGAGCUCUUCAGUAAGGCCAUUCUACUGCCAGUGUUUGUCUAUGGAGAUUGCAUGGCUCUGUGCUCUAUUUUAUACACCUGUCAGCAAUGGGUGUGGCUGAAAUAGCCGAAUCCAUUAAUUUGAAGGGGUGUCCAUAUGCUUUUGUAUACUGAACAAAAAUAUAAACGCAACAUGCAACAAUUUCAAAGAUUUUACUGAGUUACAGUUCACAUAAGGAAAUCAGUCAAUUGAAAUUAAUAAAAUAGGCCAUAAUCUAUGGAUUUCACAUGACUGGGAGUACAGAUAUGCAUCUGUUGGUCACAGAUACCUAUAUAUAUAUUUUUUAUAAGUAGGGGUGUGGAUCAGAAAACCAGUCAGUAUCUGGUGUGACCACCAUUUGGCUCAUGCAGGGCGACACAUCUCCUUCACAUAGAGUUGAUCAGGCUGUUGAUUGUGGCCUGUGGAAUGUUGUCCCACUCCUCUUCAAUGGCUGUGCUAAGUUGCUGGAUAUUGGCGGGAACUGGAAGACGCUGUCGUACACAUCGAUCCAGAGCAUCCCAAACAUGCUCAAUGGGUGACAUGUCUGGUGAGUAUUGAGGUCAUGAAAAACUGGGACAUUUUCAGCUUCCAGGAAUUGUGUACAGAUCCUUGCGACAUGGGGCUGUGCAUUAUCAUGCUGAAACAUGAGGUGAUUGCAGUGGAUGAAUGGCACGACAAUGGGCCUCAGGAUCCCAUACCAUAACCCCACCGCCAUGGGGCACUCUGUUCACAACGCUGACAUCAGCAAACUGCUCGCCCACACGACACCAUACUCGUGGUCUGUGGUUGUGAGGCCGGUUGGACGUGCUGCCAAAUUCUCUAAAACGACGUUGGAGGCAGCUUAUGGCAGAGAAAUCAACAUUAAAUUCUCUGGCAACAGCUCUGGUGGACAUUCCUGCAGUCAGCAUGCCAAUUGCACACUCCCUAAAAACUUGAGACAUCUGUGGCAUUGUGUUGUGUGACAAAACUGCACAUUUUAGAGUGGCCUUUUAUUGUCCCCAGCACAAGGUGCACCUGUGUAAUGAUCAUACUUUUUAGUCUGCUUCUUGAUAUGCCAUAGCUGUCAGGUGGAUAGAGUAUCUUGGCAAAGGAGAAAUGCUUUAAGGGUUAACCUUAAAGAUGGUUUAGUCUGAGAUGAUUGAUUGAUUUUAUUUGUCAAAAAAAAAAAAAGAAUAAUCGCCGGGAUUGCACAAUAAAGUCUGAUACUUAUUUCCAUUGUGGUCCCAGAUGCCCAUAAAUAUUGAAACUUUAGUUUUAUCUCUAUGAUUGUCCACCUCUUCUGUCCCACAGAUCAAGGACCUGAACAUCAAGGUUCUGGACCUCAGGGGGAAGUUCAAGCGGCCCAACCUGAGGAGGGUGAGGGUCUCUGCUGACGCCAUCCUGCGCUCCCUUCUGGGCUCCAAACACAAGGUCUCCAUGGACCUCCGGACAAACCUCAAGUCAGUCAAGAAGGAGGACACAGAGAAGGUAUGUUAGCCCUGGUAGAUUUAGUGGGUCCUCAUCAGACCAAAGGUAGUAAACAAUAGUGUAAAGAAAAGGCUGUCCUGCUCCUCUCCUCUCUACCUAACUUUCCCUCACAGUCCCUUCAGUUUCCCUUAAGUCACGCAAGUUUGGCUGGCGACCAAGUUUUCAGUGUUUAUUUUAAAGAAGUGAUCUUUGUGUGUGCUAAUGUGUGGUGGUGAACUAUAGAAUAAACUCUGGAUUUGGAACAUCUGAUUGGUUCUUGGUUCUUGGAGAGCGGUCAGACCAAAGUAGAGUUAAGAGCGUUAAGUCACUAGUGGGUGAAGGCAUCUACAGCCAACCGCUCAGACGGAUCCAGCUAGAAGUUUUUACAUGGCCCAUUAAAUCACCGGAUUCUGACCUGUUACAGUUGAGAUGUUGAGGUGCCCCUAACAGGAGCCUGUGAGUCUUGCCAAGAGACGCCUGUCACCACCCACAACCCACAAAACGGUCAUGCACCUGAGGAAGAUGAGCUGCGAGGCCCUACACAACUCUCUCAUCUAAGAGACUACCAGCCCUACUCCAGGCCCCGUCUCCAGUUGGGAGCUGCAGAGGAAAUAUGAGGGCCUGCGUCAUGAGCAAGAAGAGCUCAGGAUGGCGUACUUUAUGCCCUGCCGGCCUGAGUCACCGCCGCGGGAGCACCGUUACUGCCGCUACUCUCCUGACCCCGGCUAGAGCCAUCGUCACCGCCAUGGGAGUGCCAUCACUGCCGAUACUCCCCAAGUUGGCCCUGCUACUCCUCUGAGAGACACUACUCCCUCCUGGUCUGAGCGUUCACCACCCUCACGGGACCAUUGAGACCCCCACUACGUCCCCAGCUAUUCAACAGAUCGUCGUCACUCCAGGCCCCCCCCGGCUGGAGCCUACGUCGUAUCUACCAGAGUGUCGGGAGAGCCACUUCCCCCCGAGGUGAACCAGCCACUCUUCCGACUGACGUCCUUCUAGGCCCCCCUGACCAGAGGCAGCAUCCAUUCCGCUUCUGCUCCCCAGAGCGGCCUAGCUCCCCAGCAGAUGAAGACAACUCCAGAGUGCACAGUCCACCACACCAAGGUCUGCACCCCCCUCAGCCAGAACCUUGACUAGCCAUAGUUAAGGAGACUCCCACUCCAGUCGUGGAGCCACAGCCAGCCGCAGCCAUGGGGCCUGUUCUGGUUGCCGUUGUGGACUCGCCCUCUCCUCCCUGUGAGGAGAUCAUGCUAGUCGAGACAGAUGCUCGGGUGCCCGAGGUUUGACUGUCUGCUGCCCUGAAACCUUCAGCCAGAAUAACUUCACCUGAUCUCCCUCAGGAGCCCCUCCCUGCUCCUGGCCCAGAGCCCAAGCCCGCAGUGGAUUCUUCGUCUGCUCCUAGGAUGGAGCAACAGCCUGCAGCUACUGCAGAGGUCAAGUACAGCCCAGACGUUGGGGCCUCUCCAGUCACGGCCUGGUGGGAUCAGCCCUGGCCUGUCUUAGAAGUUCACACUGCCGCUGUCAAGUCCCAGCCUGUGGUCACAAGGCCUCAGACCGCUCAUGCUGGUGCGGCCCUGUCGGCUCCUGCCUGGUGUGACCUGCCGGUCCCAGGCCUGGGGUCCCUGCUGGUCCCGCCUGCUAGCACCCUGCUAGCUCCAGCCUCGAGGACCCCAAUACCUCCAGAUCUUCCAGACCUUGCCUCAGGGGACCCUCCAGUCCUUUCCAUGGGGGACAUGCCAGACAUCGCCCCAGUUGACCCACCAGAAGGCACCUUUGAUAUCUCCCCUGACCUAGACGUAGGGUCAGAGUUCCCUGCCUCCCUCAUGGGAUUUACAUUUCCUGCCUUCCCGGUAGGUCCAGUCUAUCCUGCCCCCCUCAGUAGGUCAAGAGUAUCCCGGCCCAUCGGUAGAUCAGAUGUAUCCUGCUCCCCCAGUAGGCUCUGAGUUUCCGGCCGUACCCGGUCGUCAGUCUCUAGCCCUAGUUGCAGGUUCACACUGGUCUGACUUAGGUUCCCGGACUCCUACCACUACCAUACUGCUAGGACCCCAGUCCUCUGUCGUUCUAGGGCCACAGUUCCCUGUACUAGUAGCCCCUAAGUUUGUUGCUCUGCCAGGCCCUAGGUAUCCUACCCAGCUAGGGCCCACGUUCGCUUUGUCAUUAGGUAUGAAGUAUCCUGCCCUGCACAGACUGCAGACCCCUGCCUUAUUGGGUACGCAGCAUCCUAGCCCACCAGGCUUAGAGCCCCCUGCCAUGCUAGGCCUUAAGUUAGCUGGCCCGUUUGCAGGUCUGCAGUCUCCUGCCCUGCUUGGAUUGCAGCCCCCUGCCUUCAUUGCUUUGCAGUUGCUUAUCCCGCCAGGUUUAGAGCCCUCUGCCCUGCCAGGCUCUAAGGUAGGUGCCCUGUCUGUAGGUCUGCAGUCUCUUGCCCUGGUCAGAUCACAGCCCCCUGCCUUAGUUGGUAGGUAGUUGCCUAUACUGCCAGGUUUAGAGCCUCCUGCCCAGCUAGGCCUCAAGUUUGCUGUACUAGGCUCGCUGUCUCCAGACACAGUCAGUCCACAUAUCCCUAGUCCACCAGGCAUAGAGCAUCCUGCCUUGCUGGGACACAAAUUACAUGCGCUAGGUUCUCAGUCCUCAGCCCUUGUCUGCCCUCAGUCCCUAGCACUAGGUCCUUAGUCUCCAGCUACAAUAGGUCUGCUGUCUCCAGCAUUAGUCUGCCCUCAGUCUCUAGCCCAGGUGGGUCAUCAGGUUCCUGUCCUGCUAGGCUCAAAGGUACCCAUUUCUCCAGUAGGCCCAGAACUCUACUGCUCUCCUAGCCCUCAGUCCUUUCCCCUGGCAGUUCCAGUGUCACUUUCCCUAUCAGGUUCAGGGUCGUUUUCCCUCUCAGGUUCAGAGUCAGUUUCCUUGUCAGGUCCACAGUCAGUUUCCCUGUCAGGUCCAGACUCAAUUUCCCUGGCAGGUUCAGAGUCAGUUACCCUGCCAGGUCCAGAGUGAGUUUCCCUUUCAAGUCCGGAGUCAGUUUCCCUGUCAGGCCUAGUUGGCCCUCAGUCCACUGCUCCACCAGGCUAUAUGUUCUCUGCCCCACUAGGUCUGCAGCCUCUAACCUCAGUUGCUCCACAGCCCCCAGCCUCAGUUUGCAAACAGUCAGCUCCCUCAGUGCUACAUGCCAAACAUCCUGCCCUAGUUCUAGGCCCUUGGUCUCCCGUCCCGCUAUACCCGGAGUUAUCUGCUCCUCUAGGUGUGCAGUCCCUGCCCCUAGUCAGUUUGCAGCCCUCAGCCUCAACCGGCACCCAGUCGCCUAUACUAGCGCUAGGCUACAAGUUCCCUGCCCUGCUAGACCCUCAGCUCCCUGACCUAGGGGACCCACUCUUCCCUGAUCCGGGGGGCCUGCUGUCUCUAGUUCUGGGGGGGCCGCCUGCCUUGGGCGACCCUCAGCCCUUCCCAAGUGGGAGGCCACCUGACCUCGUCUCUGGGGCCCAGCCAGCCCCUGCCUCCAGAUCCCUGUUGAUCCUAGCCCAUGGGUCCCCACCUGCUCUACCAUGGGAGCCAUCGCUUUCAGAAGUGGUGAAAGAGUCACCAGCCUCAGCCGCAGCCAGUGAGAUGACAGUUGUGGCCGGCAUACCACAUUUCUCUGACGCAGUAGGAGAGCCACCUACUUCAGCUGUGGCCAGCCUCCGGCAUUGUACUCAGCGUCCAAGGAUGGGGCCCAACUGCCCUGCACCAGCUGAGUUAGAGGGCCCUCCGCCACCCGCGUGGCAUUCCAUGGGGCGUUCCAGGACUGUCCCUGCGUCUCUGUGUACCUCCCUAAGCCCUGCCUGUCUUGCCGGGUAAGAUUAGGCAUGCUAGGACCAAGCUCCCCCUUCGAGGCCUGUGGCUUUUCAGAGACUUUGGCCUUUUAAGUGCUGUGGCCCCCAUUAGAGACUGUGCCAUUUAGGUUAGAGGCCUUUUCAUGGAUGUUAAUAUUUCCAUAAGAAAUAUUGUGGCGGCUGUAAAAACAUGUUUUAAAAGGCCGUCCUGCUGCUCUCCUCUCUACCUAAGUUUCCCUCACAGUCCCGUCAGUUUCGCUUCAGUCCCUUUAGUUUGGCUGUUCAUCCUACCUUAGUUAGCCCUCACCCAUCAUAGCCCUGCCAUUUCCAACCAAUCAGAGCACUUGGAAAUGCGCAUCCGGACACUGCACCUAUCACGCCCUGACCUAUAGACUCUAGUUAGUUUGGUCAGGGUGUGAAUAUAUGUGUGGGUUUUUCUAUGUUUCUAUUUCUAUGUUUGGCCGGGUGUGAUUCCCAAUCAGAGGCAGCUGUCGCUCGUUGUCUCUGAUUUGGGAUCAUACUUAGGCAGCCAGUUCUCCUGCCUGUGUUGUGGGAUCUUGUUUGUGUUCUGUGUUUGGCUUGUUAGUGUAUAGCCUUCCGACGUCACGUUUUGUUGUUUAUUGUUUUGUUUAUUGUUUAAUACACAUGUAUUCAUUUCACGCUGUGCCUCGGUCUGACCCGUUCUUCAACGACCGUGACAGAAGAUCCCACCAAAAAUGGACAAAGCAGCGUGCCCAGGAGCAGACAUCCUGGACUCAGGUGGGGAAGUCAUUUUGGACUUGGGAGGAGAUAUUGGCUGGUGGAGGACCCUGGGCGAAGGAGGAAGCCCAGGCAGGAGUGGAGCAACGGCAACACAGAAGGCGCCGGCCGAGGAGGAAGCCCGAGAGACAGUCCCAAUAAUUUUUUUUGGGGGGGCUAAAAGGGUGGUCGGGGAGCGACAGAGAAGACCACUGCACUCGUGGGGGCUCAGGGAGAGUCCUCACGGGAGGAGGACUGUGCGCGGAGAGUGAAAGACUGGUACUGUCGGAGAUCUCUAACAUCAGUUCCCAGUCCGGUACACCUCGUGCCUGCGUCUCGCACCAAGCUAGUGGUGCGUGUUCCCAGUCUGGUAAGGCCCGUGCCUGCUCCUCACACCAAACUAGUGGUGCGUGUCGCCAGCCCAGUACGCCCCGUACCUGCUCCCCGCACCAAGCCAGUGGUGCAUGAUCCCAGUCCGGCCCGGCCCGUUCCUGCUCCUCGCAGCAGACCUGUGGUGCGUGUUCCCAGUCCGGUACGGCCCGUGCCUGCUACUCGCACCAAGCCAGUGGUGCGUGUUCCCAGUCCAGUAUGGCCCGUCCCUGCUCCUCGCACCAAACCAGUGGUGCGUGUCGCCAGCCCGGUACGCCCCGUAUCUGCUCCCCACACCAAGCCAGUGGUGCGUGUUCCCAGUCCGGCCCGGCCCAUUCCUGCUCCUCGCACCAAGCCAGUGGUGCGUGUUCCCAGUCCAGUAUGGCCCGUCCCUGCUCCUCGCACCAAACCAGUGGUGCGUGUCGCCAGCCCGGUACGCCCCGUACCUGCUCCCCACACCAAGCCAGUGGUGCGUGUUCCCAGUCCGGCCCGGCCCAUUCCUGCUCCUCGCACCAAGCCAGUGGUGCGUGUUCCCAGUCCGGUACGGCCCGUGCCUGCUCCCCGCACCAAGCCAGUGGUGCAUGUCGCCAGUCCGGCCCGGCCUGUUCCUCUUCCUCGCACCAAGCCAGUGGUGCGUGUUCCCAGUCCGGCCCGGCCCGUACCUGCUCCUCGCACCAGACCAGUGGUGAGUGUUCCCAGUCCGGCCCGGCCCGUUCCUGCUCCUCGCACCAGACCAGUGGUGCGUGUUCCCAGUCCGGCCCGGCCCGUUCCUGCUCCUCGCACCAGGCCAGUGGUGCGUGUUCCCAGUCCUGUCCGGCCCGUUCCUGCUCCUCGCACCAGACCAGUGGUGCGUGUUCCCAGUCCGGUCCGGCCCGUGCCUGCUCCCCGCACCAAGCCAGUGGUGCGUGUCGCCAGUCCGGCCCGGCCUGUUCCUCUUUCUCGCACCAAGCCAGUGUGCGUGUUCCCAGUCCGGCCCGGCCCGUACCUGCUCCUCGCACCAGACCAGUGGUGAGUGUUCCCAGUCCGGCCCGGCCCGUUCCUGCUCCUCGCACCAGACCAGUGGUGCGUGUUCCCAGUCCGGCCCGGCCCAUUCCUGCUCCUCGCACCAGACCAGUGGUGCGUGUUCCCAGUCCGGUCCGGCCCGUACCUGCUCCUCGCACCAGACCAGUGGUGCGUGUUCCCAGUCCAGUCCGGCCCGUGCCUGCUCCUCGCACCAGACCAGUGGUGCGUGUUUCCAGUCCGGCACGGCCCGUGCUCGUUCCACCGGGGCCUAGUCCAGCACCGGUCAGCUGCUCCACUCCGGAGCCUGAGCAGUCUGCUCUACCGGUGCCAAGUCCAGCUCCGGUCAGCAGCUCCACUCCGGAGCCAGAGCAGUCCGCUCCACCAGUGCCUAGUCCAGCUCCGGUCAGCUGCUCCACUCCGGAGCCAGAGCAUUCCCCUCCACCGGGGUCCAGUCCAGCUCCGGUCAGCUGCUCCACUCCGGAGCUAGAGCAGUCCGCUCCACCGGUGUCCAGUUCAGCUCCAGUCAGCGGCUCCACUCCGGAGCUAGAGCAGUCCGCUCCACCGGUGUCCAGUUCAGCUCCGGUCAGCGGCUCCACUCCGGGUCCAGACGUCAGCCCCUCUCUAGGUUCGGAGUCUCCCACACCAGGGUCCGGACAGGGAUCGGUGCAUCGUGGGAGGACUGAGAGGGGAAGCUCCGCGUUGAGGUCCAGACCGGUCCGGGGUGCAACGCGGAGUCAGUAAGGGAGGAGAUGUCACGCCCGGAGCCGGAGCCGCCACCGAGGCUGGAUGCCCACCCGGACAAUCCCCUGUUAAGUCAGGUUUGUGCGGCCGGAGUCUGCACCUUUGGGGGGGGGGUACUCUCACGCCCUGACCUAUAGACUCUAGUUAGUUUGGUCAGGGUGUGAAUAUAUGUGGGGUUUUUUCUAUGGUUCUAUUUCUAUGUUUGGCCGGGUGUGAUUCCCAAUCAGAGGCAGCUGUCGCUCGUUGUCUCUGAUUGGGGAUCAUACUUAGGCAGCCAGUUUUCCUGCCUGUGUUGUGGGAUCUUGUUUGUGUUCGGUGUUUGGAUUGUUAGUGUAUAGCCUUCCGACGUCACGUUUCGUUGUUUAUUGUUUUGUUUAUUGUUUAAUAAACAUGUAUGCAUUUCACGCUGCACCUUGGUCUGACCCGUUCUUCAACGACCGUGACAGCACUGGUCCACUCAGGUCAGAGUGUUACCGUCGUCUGAAGAGAGAUGAUGCACGUUUUCUGAGGACUUUUUAUUGUCGACAGUAACACGAAUGUCUGAAUGUUGUGCGUGUAUCGAAAUGUAAGUUGCAGUGGGGUUUAUUGGGGUUUUUACAUGCUGUGUAAUAAUAGGUAAUUACCACUAAUUACUUAAAGUUACUUUGAUACGUUUCAGCCAUAUGUUCUACUGUCACUAUUCAUUAAUGUUAGAAUUGCCAAUACUGCUUUGCGUAUUGUUUAUCGUAUGGAGUAUUAUUCUGUACUGCCAUAAGUCUUAUUAUUACAAUGGUUGCACAAGUACUUUUGCAAAAGUUGUUUAAUUGUUGUAUUGAUAAACAUAGUAUUGUAUGCACAUGCUACAGCAGCGUUUUCCAUAGUGCUCUUUGUUAAGGUGUUUUAUUGUGCUGCCAUGGGCAGGCCUCUAGAGUCAUCCCAGAUGGUUCCUGGAGCUUGCUCAUGCACAGAGUAAUUUUCGACCCUGAGGGGCCAGGGCAGAUCAGAUAAGAUCUCAGCCCUGGAGAUUCUCACACCAGGCUGGAGAGAGAGUGCCAUACAUCUUGUCCCCUUCUCAAGCCAAGUAAUUAGUUUCUCUCUCUCCAAGAGGUGAAUGUUUAGGUUUAUGUUUAUAUUGAUGCUGUGUUUAUAGCCCUUUGUAGACGUGUUAUAAGAAUAUUGCCAUUUAUUCAUGUAAAUCUAUAUUGCAUAGUUAUAACCCUUAACUAAUACUGCCUUAUACAACCACAACAAUAAGAUUCCAAGUCAUUUGGAUUAACCACACAUAAAGAACUACCUUCAAUGGAAGCAGAUGUGUCCGUGCUUGUGUGUGUGUGUGUGUGUGUGUGUGGUGGUGACUAUCAAGAGAGUAAUGGGCUUCAACAUGGUGUUCUGACCGGACAACACUGUAGUGAGCAGAACCUAAGCAAUCAGCAUAAGUUAAUAACGGGUAAGGGCAUUCACAGCCGACCGCGCAGACCAGCUCCAGCUAGCCGUUUUUACAAAUAGUGUGAUGCAAUGAUUACUUUUGCUAUUAUUUUUUAUAAUAUACUGUCUGGAGUUUUGUUUCAGAUUAGGUCAAUAUUUCCCUCAGUCUGUACAUAAAUGACAGGAUCUAACAGUUUGUUCUUGUAACUUGAAGCUGACCAGUCGUAGGGCUGAUAAACUGACAUCCUACUGUCAUGAUAUUGACUGCCAUUGUGUGUGCGCUCUGCAGGAGAAGACAGUGGAGGUCAGUGACUGGAGGAAGAACGUGGAGGCCAUGUCUGGCAUGGAAGGGAGGAAGAAGAUGUUUGACGCAGCCAAAGGCCCCGCUCCGUAG